UGUUUCGCUGCCAUAGUGACGAAUACUGCAACACACGCUUUUGCUAAAGGUGACAGUUGUCUGUGUACAGAAUUAAAAGGAGAACAGUAGUCAUGUCUUUUAGAGAUCUGAGGAAUUUUACAGAGAUGAUGCGAGCACUCGGCUACCCUCGUCUCAUCUCCAUGGAGAACUUCCGAUCUCCAAACUUCCCUUUAGUGGCUGAAAUACUCAUCUGGCUUGUCAAGAGAUAUGAACCACAGAUGGAAAUUCCUAGUGACGUGGACACAGAGUCAGACAGAGUGUUUUUCAUCAAAGCUGUGGCUCAAUUCAUGGCAACCAAGGCUCAUGUGAAGUUGAAUCUCAAGCGUUUAUAUCAGGCAGAUGGUUACGCUGUGAAAGAGAUGCUGAAAAUCACCAGCAUCCUCUACAACGCCAUGAAGACCAAAGAGAACACCACUGGUGACCAGAACCACGAUGAAAACAGCAAGUUCAAGUUUGACCUGGGCUCAAAGAUAGCAGAUUUAAAGGUGGCACGUCAGCUGGGUUCUGAGAUUACAGCAAAGGGAGCAGCUCUGUAUGACCUGCUUGGGCAUGAAGAGGACCUGAGAGAGAACAGGACGGCAGCGAUUGCCCGACCACUGGAGAUCACCGAGACAGAGAGAGCUCUCAGAGCAGCAGUGAAAGACGUUACGGAGAGCAUCCAGAUGACCAAGGAUCUGCUCAAUAACGUCUCGUCUGAUGAGGCGAGUCUGGAGGCCAAAAUCGAGAAGAAGAAACAGGAUCUGGAGAGAAACCAGAAACGUUUACAAACUCUACAGAGCGUACGUCCAGCGUUUAUGGAUGAAUAUGAGAAGAUCGAAGACGACUUGCAAAAGCAGUACCAGACAUAUGUGGAGAAAUUUCGAAACCUGAGCUUCCUGGAGCAACAGCUGGAGGACUAUCACAGAGCAGAGCAGGAACGGUUUGAGGAAGCAGAAAUUACAAUGAAAAUGAUACAAAACAAAUUAAAAGAGGAAGAAAAGAGACUCAUGAGGAGUGGAGUAGUGAGGGAUGAAGACUCCGAUGUGGACAUCCCAGAGGAUGAAGGAUCUGACAGUGACAUAGAUGACGGACAGCAGCUCAGACCACAUCCCACACGUCACACCCAGAUAUCAGGUCGAGGUGGAGCUCAAUUCAUUGGCAGUAUGAGAGGAGGAGACAGUGACGAGCCCAGAGUAAAGGAACGAGUCCGCCUAUCCGGCAACGGCCGGAAACAAAAGAGAGAAAAGGUUUUGCAUUCGGACAGUGAGAUCGAUGUUGACGAUGAUGAUGAAGAUGGUGAUGAAGAGGAAGAGGAGGAAAACGAGGAUCUGGAUGAAGAUAAUGACAGCCUCGAGUGCUCGUCUGCCAAACCUGGACGAUCAAACCGAUCAUUGAACCCGCAAAUCCUCGAGGAGAGCGAUAAUGAUUUUUAACACGUGCACACAACUGACAUGCAAUUAAUAAUUAUAUAAUGGCUUACAUGCAUGAAUCAUAAAUACAACAACAC